ACCCUCGCCCAGCCGGGGCCCGCCGGCGCAGGGCGCCCCCUCUCCCGGGAGUUGGCCCGAGCGAGAGAAGCAGGACCCUUGAGCCCGCAGGGUGCUGCCAAGUGAGCCCCUGGCCACCCAGGCUGCCGAGCCAGAGGGGCCAUGGCGGGCCGUGGCUGCCUGGAGCUGGGGCUGUUCUGCUGGACCCUGCUUGCUGUCCCCGUGGGCCCCCAGCCUGCCCCCUCGGCGCCAGGGGCCCCACUCACUACCCUGACCCCGCCACCUCAGAGCGAGGCCUCUGUGCUGUCCCUCAACCUGGGACUCAACUUCAAGUUCCAUCUUCGGGGACCUGCUGCCGUGUGGGGGAGCCCGGUCACAGAGACUCACACCCUCAGCCCUGGGCUAGGCCAGGAGGCUGAGGAGGAGGUGGGCCGAGACUCGAGGGCUGAUUCCUUUUGGGAGCUGCUGGUGGGCUCCCCCGGGAACCCCCUCCCGGAGUGGGGUUCCGCGGAAGGCAGCUUCACACCCUGGCCUUCCGCCCUGGCCCCCUCGUCCACACCCCCACCCCCGGGGCCCACCAAGAGGCCCACGGCUCCCUCCCAGCCUAGGCUGGGCACUGCCCCCUGGGCCCUGACAGCCCUGCCCACCAGCGCUCCCAGGCCUCAGCCGGGUGAGCUUGAGCUGAAGUUCGAUGUGGCUCUGAGAGCGGGCGCGGCCCCGACCCUGGGUCAUCGGGCACUGCCUCUGCUGCCCAGCCUGCGUGCCAGCCUGGCUGAGAUCGCCGGGCGCCUGGGCCCUUUCGGCUUCUUUGGCACUACCCUGUCUCCGCUCCGGAACUUCUCCGGCCAGAGUUCCCCGGGAGGCACACUGUAUCCCGGCUCUGCUUCCCAAGUGUCAGCUUCUUCCGGGCCCUUCGGUACCACCCGGUCCCUACCCCCACCUCUCCUGGAGAGAAAGUUCUCAAGCCCAAGCCUGUUGGACUCGGCGGCCUCCCCAAGCUCUGCCUCAAUCAAGACGACACCAGUGGGACACGAGCCCACUGUCUCUUCGCGUCCAGACGAACCCUCUCCUGCCAGCUUCGGGAACCCUUCGGCACGGCCUGGAUGUGAGGCGGACUACUGCAGUGAGCCAGCGCUGCCCGACGGCUUGGGGCAGCCUCCUGCCUCCCCGCUGCCUCUCUUCUUAACCCUGGAGGCCGACUGGGCAGAGGCCAAGGCUCGCUGGGGCCUGGCCUGGGAGGCCCACGUGUACGGGGCAGGAGCGCUCUUCGGCCUGGUGGCCCUGCUGGCCCUGCUGGCCCUGGCCCUCUUGCCCUGGCGUUGCCCGCCCGGCGCCCCCUGCCUGGCGAUGCUGGAUCUGCUGCUGCUGUCGGCGGGGACCAGCCGGGCCUUCCCGCUCUUCUACGACGCCUACGGGCACCGCGAGCGGCUGCCGAGCCUGGCCUGGCUGCUGCUGCAGGACCUGCCGCCGCCCUGCCUGGCCGCCGGCCUGGGGCUGGCUUGCCUGCUGCUGGCCCGGCCGCGCGCGCCGAGGUGCCCCGCCGGCUGGGCGGCGCUGCUGCUGCUGGGGCUGGGGCUGGCGGCCGCGGCCGCCCUGGGCAGCGCCGUGCACCGCCCGCUGCGGCCGCUGCGCCUGGCCUCCCGCGGCCUGCACGCCGUCCUGGCCGCCUUCCUGUCGGGGCUCCUGCUGGCCCUCUCCUGCUGGGGCGGCCGGCGGCGGCGGGCCGGGGCGCCCCUCGGGGGGCCUGGCUUCAAGGGCUGCACCCCCGUCCCGCCAGCGCGCAGCCCCUUCGCCCCGCGGGAGUCGUGGAGGCGCGCGGCGCGCACGGCCCCGGUGGCGGGCACCUUCGGGCUGCUAAGCGGAGCCCUGCAGGGCUACGAGGUGCUCCACGCCCUGGGCUACGGCGGCCAGGCCGGCCUGGAGGGGCCCUGGCCCUGGUGGGCUUUCCAGCUGGGCCUGCGCCUGGGCGAGGUGGGCGUCGCGCUCCCGUUGGCGCUGCUGGGGCUCUACCCCGCGCUCUGCAGCCCGCGCGUGCCCCGGCGCUGCUGGGCCAAGCUCUUCCGACUGUCUCCGGGCCACGCUGCUCCGCUGCUGCCAGGAGGCUGGGUCCCCGGGACCCGGGACAAGGAGCCCCUGGGUGGCGCGAUCGCGCGUGGAGACGCAGAGCUGCUGCAGCUCUGCGCCCUAGCGGGCCCGGGCCCCGACCUCCUGCUCCAAGGCGGCGGGUGCCGGGGCCUCGAAGGCGCCGGGGCCAACCCGCCGCGGUCGCCCGCCUCCUCCCCCGGCAGUGACUGCACGGUGGACUUCCGCCCGCCCUCGCCCAUCAACCUGCGGCGCAGCCUCGAGGAGCUGCUGGCCCCCGGCCUCUUUCAGGGGCCUGCCUUUGGGGAAGCCCUGCCUGGGCUCGGCCUCUACCGCACCAUCUCACUGGGGAACAAGGCGGGAGCCGAACCCGAGGAGGGGCCGGAGAAGGCCCCUGGCUCCCCGGCGCCUCCCGAGCUCCCUUCUCCCGGGGCCUGGCCCGCCGGUAGCAGCGCCUCGUCUGGCUCUCUGUGCGGACUCUCACGGGACAGCUCGUCCAUGCUUCUGUGCUCCAGCCCCGACAGGCCCCCGCGCUGUCCGUUAGUCUGUGUCCUCAGUCCCCCGAGGCCCUCAGGAAGCAGCCCCAGCCUCCCAGGCUCGGCCUCCUACCAGGCCCUGUCCCCACCCUCCCGCGACUCCCCUGAACAUGCUUCCGAGCUGCAGGCUGAGGAGGCAUUGCUGCAGGAGCAAUUCCUGGAUGCCUGCCGACAGAUUGACGAGCUGAGCGUGGGCAGCGACACCAUAGACCUGUGAAGAGGCGGCUCCUCACAGCCAAAGCGCCUGCCCCUUUUCUGGCAUCUAAUCUGCCCAAGACCUGCACACUGUAAAAACUCCCCAAUUCUGCCUGGUUCGGAUACCUCUCUCUGAUUCCUCCCCAUCCAGGGGCCCCUGGGUGGGUGGGUCAGCCACCAGGCUCCGUGGAUUGGGAAUCAGUGCCAAGUUCUCCGGAGCCGUGGGUGUUGAUGCCCCCAGCUGCAGUUUGCGGCUGGCGGCGCCCCACUUCCCUUGGCCUUCACCAGCAACAAAGCUCCAAGGUGCUCCGCUCCAGACCAUCACCCCGCUCCCCGGCGAUGAGCGAGACAGUUACCCUCAGAAGACCGAGCGCCCUACCUGGGCUCCGUACCCACUUCUGCCGACUCCUUCCGGAACCGUUCCCUAAAGAUGGAUCUGUGGCCCAUCCAAGAGACCUUACAGCAGCUCGGUGGGAGAUGAGGGUUUUCAGAGUCGUUGUAUCAAUAAAAUUAUUUUCA